CAAACCAUAGCACUAAACGUUCACUCAAACAGCUACUCUCACCUAUUCAGAUAGAAAAAAGCACAAAACAAAAACAGUAUAUAUAUAAACAGCAGCAAAAGAUCAAACAGCAAAAAGGCAUUAACCCCAAACACAAUCAAACAUGCCGAUCGCCGCCGCCACCGCCGCCGUCAACUUCCAUCCGACGACAACACGCUACAGCGGCACAUUCGCCUCACCACCUUCUUCACCCUUUCGCACCUCCGUUUCCAUCUCUAACGCCGUCAACACAACGACAGCUCGUGUUACUUCCCUCUCGCUCUCCAUGAAUUCCCGCCCUAAUUUCACCGCCAGCCGCCGCACAUUCCUGCUCUUAUCCUUCGCUGCUUCUGGCGGCAGCGGUGGAGACGAUAAUUUCAACGGAGGUAACGGAGGCAGCAGUGGAAACGGCGGAGGUGGCGGCGGCGGCGGCGGUGAUAACGAGGAGAGCGGCGAUCAGAAAAACAACAAAAAGGAAGCUUUGAUGGCAUUGACGGAGGCAGGUAGGUCAUUGGAGAGUUUGCCGAAGGAUAUGAAGGCGGCGAUAGAGGAUGGGAGAAUACCUGGAUCCAUAGUAUUAAGGUUCUUUGAGCUAGAGAAAUCUCCAUUAUUUGCAUGGUUGCUUCAGUUUGGAGGGUUUAGGGAGCGGCUUUUGGCAGAUGAUCUUUUCUUAGCUAAGGUUGCUAUGGAAUGUGGCGUUGGUAUAUUCACCAAGACUGCUGCUGAGUAUGAGCGCCGCCGGGAAAACUUUUUUAACGAGCUGGAAAUUGUUGUGGCAGAUGUGGUGAUGGCCGUAAUAGCAGAUUUCAUGCUCGUCUAUCUUCCUGCUCCUACUGUUUCUCUCCGACCACGAAUGGCAGUUGAUGCUGGACGAAUUGCCAAUUUCUUCUACAACUGCCCAGAUAAUGCCUUUCAGAUGGCCCUGCCUGGAACAUCGUACUCAUUGUUGCAAAGAUUAGGUGCAAUAGCGCGCAACGGGAGUAAACUUUUCGCUGUUGGAACCGCCUCUUCCCUGGUUGGCACAGUAGUGACAAAUGCAGUAUUAAAUGCUAAGAAGGCUGUUGAUAAGUCCGAAGAGGUGGAGACUUUGCCUGUUCUAUCGACCAGUGUAGCUUAUGGUGUUUAUAUGGCAGUUUCUAGCAACCUUCG